AUGGCACAGCGGCUGCCUAGUUCUGCUUGGUCUGCCUCGACACCCGACUCGUCCCCGUCCAGCCGCCGCCGCACCGACUCCAACUCGCCCGUCGAAGAGGUUGUUUACCCUCUCACUCGCCCAACAUCAUCGACCUCGCUCGCACAGGAGCGACUCGCGCCAACUUUGCCGCAGGUCUUGUCGAAUCAGCGAGCGCUUUACUCUGCCACCAGCUUCACAACCGCCGUCUCAUCCUCUGACCCGCCUCAACUCGCGUCCCGCACGCCGAACCACGCCAACUCACCUUCCGCCUACUCGCCGUCCACCGCGUCCGACGAGCUCGCCUUCCAACCGAACUCGUCGAGGCCUUCGCUGCCGCAUCCUCCUCCCCUCAGUCCCCUCCCCGACUCGCUCUCCGCCCUCUCCGCCGAACCACAACCCAAUCACCCCGCGUCAAUGCCAAACUUCUUCCGUCGCCGCUCCAACUCGGUCAGCGACGUUCCCUCCUCCUCCGCAACUCGCUCAAACUCGUUCUUCGGGCCCUUCACACGCUCGCGCUCGCGCAAACUCGUCUCAAAUCUGUCCGCGUCCGCUUCAACAAGCGACCUCCCACUCAUCUCGUCCCCGCUCUUCCCGCAACCGCCUCCUCGCCCACUCCCGCUCUCCAACUCACCCGACCCGUUCCGCGACUCUCCGCCCGCUCGCUCACCCAUGGAGCGCGGCAUGUCCGUCGCCAUCGGUCCCAAGGCAGGAGCGCGGUUGUUGGCGAGUCGAGAGGCGCAGAGGGCGAUGCGAAAGGCAGACGAGGUGAUCGUCACGGCGGAUGGCGAGGAGUUCUCGAUUCGCGAGACGGUGCCGUGGAGAGAGGAUGGGCGACUGAGUACCGUCACGGGUGCGCAGACCGAGGCGAAGGAUGAGCGAGGCCGCGACCGAGCGAACAGCAGCUCGGGCGCGCAGAGCAAGUCGUCGAGCCAGACGAACCACUCGAUCAAGCGCGUCCCUGUCCCGCCUCUCGACCCUGCCGAGUCUCGCGCGAUGGACCAGCCCCGCCGCGAGAAGAGCAUCCAUGACCUCACUCGCCGGGCGUCGCAGGAGGAAGAGCUUACGAAGGAGGACGAGGAGGCGCAACGUCGGCGCAAGGCGAGUCUGAGCAAGGCUAGCGGCGCAGGGCUCGGCUCACCUUUCGCCCAGUCGCCGAGCGAAAUGUCGAAGCGCCCUCAUCGUCGACCGCCUGUCGCGGGCCUGAACAGCAAGGCCGAGCCGUCGAGCGCUUCGAACGGGGGCAGGUCCAGGCGUGCGAGUACCGACUCGACGGCGAGUAUCAGCAAGGACGAGGUGCUCGGCCAGCUGGCGGACGCGAUCAAGAAGGAGAGGAAGCGCGCCGAGGCGUACAAGCGCGAGUGCGAGCAGGGCGAGGGGGAGCUCGCCGAAAUCGACAAGAACCUAGACGUCCUGAAGGAGAAAUUCGCUACGACUUUAGAGCAGCAGGAGCAGAUUAUCGCCAACCUCCGCGCCGAGCUAGACGAAGUCCGACACGAGCUAGACUUGGCUCACGAGCUGGACGAAGAGGCCGCCCGCGAGUACCUCGACCUUCUCUCGUCCGCCACCGCUGACGCCGUCAAGCACCGUGCGCCCGUCGUCACAGCCUUUGACCCCUCCGCCUUAACCUCCAGCACCUCCUCCGCACCCUCCGCCGGCGCCCCCGAGCUAAACACCGACAAGUCCAAGUUCUCGGCUCUCGCAUUCCGUCGCGGACUCAGCCUGAAGCGACGAGUCGACACGCACCUUGCGGCGUACGGGACGGUCGCGAGCAACGUUGCUAUUCCGAAACCGCCUCUUCCGACGAGUCCGCGCCUGACGACGGUUGCUGGCUCGACUCCUUCGGCUGGCUCGACGGUCGCGACGGGCGAAGCAGGCGUCUCGAAGCGCCCUCGCAAGUUGAGCAAGUCGCGCACACUGCCGGCAGUCCAGCAGUCCCCCUCCAAGCACGACACGCCUCACCGCGACCGGUCCUCUGAAGCUCCAACGCAAAGCACAACUCGUCGCGCUCCGCCUCCUCCCACCCCGGUCUUCGGAAACCUCGACAGCGAGCCUCCCGGAAUGCCCGACUCGCAUACCCGUCCUCGUCGUGCACCGCCUGUCGCGGGCGUCUCGCGCGGCAAGUUCUUUGGCGGAGGAGAGAGCGAUUCGGAGCGGGAGCGCGAGAGGGAGGAUGGAGGAGUGAAGGGACGGGACGAUCCGGCGCUUCGGACGGUCAGGAGGAAGGGGAGUUUCAAGAAGGGCGUGCAGGGGACUAUGCGACUUCUCUUCCCCUCGCACGCACCGAAGGAGGGCAAAGUCUCGCCGGAGGAGAUGCGCGCUCGGAACGUCCAGGAGUGGCUGCGAGGUGAGCAGCAGGCGCAGUAG